GUUUCAGCAUAUAUAAGAGUAGCUAGUAAGAGUGCCUAUCCCUUCUCCUCCUGGCACUUCUCGUACUUUGUUUAUCCCUGCACCUCGAUCCUUAAUCUUAUUCUGAUCUCCAUCUGCGAAUACCUACCGCAUGUAUUUUAUAGCUAGACGUCAUGAACAGUAACCAAAUUAGGUCAAAACAUCAAACGAAGGCUACGAGACCUGAUCAAAUUAGAAAAGUAGGAACCAUUAGUAAACCUUAUUAAACUAGAAAAAAAUAAUAAUAAUAAUUCAAAGUUGACAUACCAUUCAACCCAAAUUUGGCUUGAAUAGCAGUUUCAACCCAGAUCGAGUAAUUCAAAUGAACUUAUGUAUUCCAUAAAAAUAGAACAAAAUUGAACCAACCGUUACUGAUAUAGCUGUAUAUUCCAUAAAAAAGAACAAAAUUGUACCAACCGUUGUGAAGAAUCCUUUUAUAUUUGGCAAGUCUAUGAAUCCAAAGAUCGUCUAAAUGCACGCAUUGAUGUAUUAUGUAUUCUCGUCUCAAUCAAGGUUGUAGUACUCACCUAAUUAGGUCAAUAAAUACUGAAAGCACUUUCAGUGCCAUGGCAAGAAGAUCAUGAAGCUAUCAGAGUUUACAUGUUUGCUCCUCCUGUGUAGCUACCAAUUGACCUUUCUUUUACCAUGCAACGCCAACCAAAUUGACAACCUCAACAGGUUGAUCAAAUCUCGCAGAUUUAGAACUAAUCGUCCUCCUCAUUCGCAAUCCUUCGUUGUUUCGGAUGUCGAGGAUCACGAAUUUUCUUCUCCAGUUUAUGUUGGACCCCAAGAUGGGUUGAAGGAAGCUGAUAAGAUUGAUGCUUUGCCAGGACAACCUAAUCUUAGUCCCGGAGAAAAAUUUAAUCAAUAUGCAGGCUAUGUUACAGUGGAUCCUAUAGCUGGGAGAGCACUGUUCUACUACUUUGUAGAGUCACCUCAAAAUUCUUCAACUAAACCUCUAGUGUUAUGGUUAAAUGGAGGACCAGGAUGUUCAUCUUUUGGGUAUGGAGCCAUGGAAGAAUUGGGAGCUUUCAGAGUUAACAGUGAUGGAAAGACAUUAUUCCGGAACGAUCAUGCUUGGAACAAUGUGGCGAAUGUACUGUUCUUGGAGUCUCCGGCAGGGGUUGGGUUCUCUUAUUCAAACAACAAAUCGGACUACGAAAACGUUGGUGACAAGAGAACGGCGAAAGACUCGUACACAUUUCUUGUAAACUGGCUAGAGAGAUUUCCUCAAUACAAGAGUAGAGAUUUCUUCAUAAUUGGAGAGAGCUACGCUGGUCAUUACGCACCUCAACUUGCUCACACCAUUCUCUCAAAGAACAACGCCACAAAGCAAACAAAAAUCAAUCUCAAAGGCAUUGCGAUUGGGAAUCCUUGGAUCGAUGACAAGGAUGGCACACUAGGUGGUUAUGAUUAUUUGUGGACACAUGAUUUGAACUCGGACGAAACUCAUGCCGGAAUACAAAAAUAUUGUGACUUUGCCUCGGGUAAUAUAUCGCAGACGUGUAUUAUCUAUAUGAACAAAUCAGCCGACGAGCUUGGAGACAUUGAUAUUUACGACAUCUACGCUCCACAGUGCAACAUAUCAUCUGGAUCCAAAUAUGUCUCAGAAGCUCCUUCUGUUAAUAGUUUUGAUCCAUGCUCUGAUAAAUAUGUGGAGGACUAUCUAAACCUCGCCGAGGUGAAAGCAGCUCUUCAUGUUAAACCCACAAACUGGACAGCUUGCAGUGGUAUAGGAUGGACAGACGGCCCAACAACCAUUCUACCCAGAAUAAAGCAGCUUAUAGCAAGUGGGAUGAGUUUAUGGAUAUACAGUGGAGACACCGAUGCAAGUGUGCCAGGCACGUCCUCUAGAUACUCCAUAAACAGGCUCAAGCUACCGAUUGAGAAGCCAUGGCGGCCAUGGAACGCUAAUGGAGAGGUUGGAGGAUAUGUGAUUGGCUACAGGGGGUUAACAUUUGCUACGGUAAGGGGAGCUGGCCAUAUGGUUCCCAGCUACCAACCACAGCGAGCACUCACCUUGAUCUCAUCAUUUCUUCAAGGGACGCUUCCUCCUGCCUUCCCAGCCAAAUCCCAAUAGUAAU